GACUGAAGUAAGGCAUUUCGCGAAUAGCUGCAGGUGUAAUCGCGAUUCUGUGCCUUAGGUGUCCGUACGUCACGAAGUUUUUACAUUCUUCAGCCUUGACACGUCAUUCUAGUACUUCUUUCGCCCGCGGGAGGAAAAAUUUUUCCUCGGUCGAACACUUCCACAAUCACAAGAGUGAAUGAUUCCAUAGGAAAGAACUUACAGAACACGGAUUUUUACUUUUUCAGAAGGAAAUAUACUUGAGAUGGCUGACUGGACCACGUAAAACUAGCCGCGUCAAGUAGUUGUGAAGUGUAGAAAUUGCACAGGAUGUCUCAUCACAGUGAUGAUGGAAUGCUCAUUGCUGGCAGUGAUAGCUUUUGGGAACCUGGUAAUUACAAAAAGACCACCAAGCGUGUUGAAGAUGGAUUUCGGUUAUCUAAUGAUAUGAUUACGUUGAUACAAGAAAGAUGUGAAAUUGAGAAAGUUUUUGCUAAAAGUCUACGUAAUUGGUCAAAGAAAUGGAAUGAAUUAAUUGAAAAAGGCCCUGAAUAUGGGACCACUGAAGCUGCAUGGAAAGCUGGUCUUGUGGAGGCUGAUCGGCAGUGUGACAUGCAUCUUAGAGUGAAAGAGCGCCUCUAUAAUGAUGUCAUUAGCCAAAUCAAACAGUGGCAGAAAGAAAACUAUCAUAAAUCAAUGAUGACUUUGAAAGAAAGAAAAGAAAUGGAUGAUGCUUUCAAAAAGGCUCAAAAACCAUGGGCAAAGUUACUACAAAAGGUUAAUAAAUGCAAAUCUGAGUACCAUGCAGCAUGUAAGAAUGAACGUUCUGCAAUUAAUCAAGAAAGGAAUGCAUCUAGUGACACAUCCCUUUCACCCGAUCAAGUUAAAAAACUACAAGAUCGAGUUUCCAAAUGUAAAGAUGAGGUGCAAAAAACAAAAGAAAGAUAUGAACAAGCACUGAGAGAAAUAAAUGAUUACAAUGCUAAAUAUAUGGAGGAUAUGACAGUUGUUUUUGACAAAUGUCAAGAAUUUGAAGAAAAGCGUUUGGACUUUUUCAAAGAAAUGCUUUUUGGAAUAUGUACUUGUCUUAAUAUAUCCACAGAUCCAGAGCUUCCACAAAUAUAUGAAGAGUACAGGCAUUCUAUACAAAAUGCUGAUUCAAGCAAAGAUCUGAAAUGGUGGUCUAAUAAUCAUGGUGUUGGAAUGGCUAUGAAUUGGCCUAUAUUUGAGGAUUAUUCUGAAGAGUUUCGAGAUAUUGUAGGGAAAAACAAGAAAGCUCCGUUUCCUGAAAGUGGCAUAAUGCUUGUCAAUCAGCACAGGAUUGGCGAAGAUCUUCCUGAAUAUAAUCCAGACUUUCAUAAUAUAUCUAAAAAAGAAAAGAAAAAUCAAAAUGAUGGCAUAACGUUAACCAGUAUUCAAAAUAAUCAAACAAAAAAUGGGACUAAAGAGAAAGGGUUAACAAAUAGAAAUUCUGGUGUUACGUCCAAUGGCCGGCAAGAUUCAAAUCCAUUUGACGAUGACCAAGAAGAGUGGGAUGAUGGGUCAAAUGAAGCUUUAGUGGAUAAUGGUGAACCUGGUGUUCCUGUACGAGCUUUGUAUGAUUAUGAAGGUGCUGAAGCGGAUGAACUAUCUUUUAAAACAGGAGAAGUGUUCGAGAAGUUAGAGGAUGAAGAUGAACAAGGAUGGUGCAAAGGUCGAAGAGAUGGCCGAGUUGGGUUAUAUCCUGCAAAUUAUGUGGAACUUGUCAAUAAUUAGGACUCUUAAAUGUUUCCACAUGAUCCUUCCAUGAAAUCUGAACUUUUAUAUUUUUAAAGUUUUUGUGGAAUUUUGAAAGUAGUUCAAGUGCCAUCUCAUCAGAUAAGUAACAAAAGUGAUAAUUCAUGGUAAAAUUUUAUCGAAAUCAUGUAAUACCAAUUUUAUCAGCUAUUUAAAUACUUGAAGUGUUUCUCCAUUCUGUCUUUUAAAAAUUUGUUAUUUUUUAGUUACAAAUGAAAUCAUUCAUAUUCUGAUUUAUAUUUGUUUUGCUGGAAGAAAUUGAUAGAUCUUGUAAGUUUUAUAGAUUUCACCUAUUAACAUGUUCUUUGCAUACAAUUGAAAAUCUGUCAGCAAAUGUUCAAAUGUCAUCAGUUUUUUCUACAUUUUUGUAACAUUUUUUAUUGGUUGCAGCUUACAAUAUGAAAUGCAGGUUGUAAAAUGUUAAUACUAGCUUUAUAUUGUUUUUCUUAAUUUUUUUAAAGCUAGAAAUAUUUUAAAAUGUAUUCUUUAUUUGUUUAAAGAUUAUCUUUUUUGAAAUUGCCUUGAUCUUUUAUAUAAUAUAUAUCAAUCAUGAUUUUGAAACAUGGUUUGUGAAUUGUUAAAAUUUAUAUGCAUUGAUUUCAAAACAUUUGUUUCAUUAGAAAUUGAAAUAUUGAACAAAAAAAAAUACUGGAAAAUUACCUCUAAAGUAUUAUAUUGAGCUUAUAUACAUUCUUUAUAUUAGAAGCACUUUUAAUUUUACUGAUGCUUAAUGUGCAUGGGAGUUCGUUAGAGCUUCAUUCUUGUACCUCUUUUCCGUUUUAUGCUUUUUUUUUUUUUUGCAGUUGAUGGAAUCUACUUUAUUUAUUUCCUUGGGGGAAAUGCCCAAACACAAUAGGGAUCUUGCUUUUUAGAUAGAAAUUAAGCCCUGAUGCUAGUGUUAAUUUCAGUAAAACUCGAAUGGCUUUAAAAGUUGUAGAUGCUAAUUCAUAUGAGCAUUUGAAAUGUAAAAACAAAACGAUAUUCAUAUAGCAGCAAUUAGGGUUUUCUCACAUUUCAAAAUUGACUUUGGAAUUCUAUGCUGCAUAAAUAGAUUUUAUUAAAUUUUUAAAACAUGGAUGGGUUGCAAAGCGGUUAUUUUGCUGCUAAACAAGAGUUAGAACCUGUUUAAUGAAGUGGUUAUCUAAUGCAUUUUUAUAUUUUCCUUGAGAUCUUAUUUUUUGAAUUUUUUCCCUCCUCAAAAGAUGCUUUUAUGAUUCAUUGCUGUUGAAGGUGAAAUAUGAAAAAUCACAGAGCCACUGAAUCUGAUUUUACCUUAUAGUGAAGUGAGAAAAUGUGUUUGCAUGUUGCCAUUCACUCUAUAAUGUUGCCAAACAAAGCUUUUGUCAUCAAUUAAAAUGUUUUCCGAAAAGGUUAUCUGAAUAUUAAUAACAUUCCAAUCAGAGUAAACUGUUUAAAAAAAAAUAGUAUUUGAUAUUAUAAUAACUUUAAAGACUUUUUUUUAUAAAUUGAUCUAUUUAAAGACACUAGUCAUUCUAAUAAGGAAUCAUGAUGCUGUUCAUGCCUAAAGAAUUCACUAUUAAGAUAAAAAUUAAGUUUUUAAAACUAAUUGAAAUUGUAAUAAGAAUGCUGUUUGCUUAUUAGAGUUUUGUAUAUGGAUAUUUUAGGGGAUUUCAAAAAAGUGUAUUAUAAAAGUUUCAGGUAUUAUAUCUCGUAAAAUAUUACUGAAUCCUAAUUUUAAGCAAAUGCCUUGAUUUGGAAAUGAAGUUUGUUUCCAACAAAUGUACAUUAUUUCAACAUAUUUUUUAAAUAUAUACAGUGCUAACUACCAUAUCUGAAACAAAAAGAGCUAAGCUGAAUGAAAGAAUCUUUAGACAGUUUUUAACAUCAAUUUGUAUAGGAAAACGAUAGGUUUCAAACACAUUUGUUCCCUUGCACAUAUGCUUAGAUAAGCACGUUAAGUUUUUUUACUACUCACUCAUCGGUGCUUCUGAUAUGUUAUGUGCUUUUUCUUUGAAAUGUUAUUCCUGUUUUGUAUGUGGAGUUCAUUUAUUGAUUUUUUUUUUUUUUUUUUUUUUUUUGCUAACUGAUGUGAGAACAAGAAAUGGAAGGUUGUUCAGUCUGAUUUGUUCUGGAAUGUUUGGCAGUUUAUUUCAUUUUUAUAUGAAUAGAUUUUAUCUCCCUGUUGAAAACUGACUUAUGAGUGAAGGGAGCUACUUUUGCUAUCAAACAAUAUUUUUUUUCUGUUGGCCUAAUAUUACAGAUAUAUGUAUUUUUUCAUACAUAUAUUUUCAUAUUUUUAUGUCCUAGGUUCAGAUAUGGGAAGUUGCACUGUCUUAGUUUUAAAAAAAAAGUGUAAAUAUUGUUUGAUCUUGUGCAAUAUUUCGUAUGUUUUUUUUUGUACAUACUUAGCUUUGUUUAGUAUAUAUUCCAGAAUUUAAGCAGAUUCCCUUAUUUAUUUAUGUUGAAAUUUUUAUUACAAUUAAACUAUGUAGUUUAAUUUGCAAUACUUUUGUUCAAAAUUUACAAUUGCCACUUGGAUUUUGAUGUUACAUAAAUAUUACAAUUUAAGACUUUUUUCUUAUUGAGAGAAAUUUUAUGCAGCUAUGUUACUAGGUAUCACACAGUAGAAUAUAUCCUUUAAUUGAAAAGUAGAAUUAUUUCAAUGAUUGAAAUCAAUCAAAAUGUAACAUAGAUCAUUGGAUCUAUAGUUAGGAGACAAAAAUGCUAUUCAUCAGAGAGGAGAGAGAGAGAACUUCCUUCCUUAUUCAUCUACAUACUAAAUAUUCUUUCAUGUUUAGUUGAUUGAGUAAUUUUCAAUUGGGCAGUUUUGUGUAAGAUACUUUCUAAACUGAUUUGUGAUAAAAGGAUUUGUUUUGCAUCCUGAAAUUAAAAUCUGAGCCAAAAUGUCCCACUUUUACCCCUGAUAAAAUGUUAACCCAACUUUUGUGGUGAAAUUUAAAAGGGGUAAAGAAUGCAAAAUUAGUACUAAAUUUUUUCUUGCCUGAAAUUUUAGUAUGUGCUACAUGAAAUGUUUCAAUUCUACAGAAUUUUUUGAGUUACAAAAUUGAAUAUGUAUAAUAUACAAAAUAAUAGCUUAAUUUUUAUACAAAAAUGUUGCAUUGUUCGAUUACACUAUAAUUUUUAGCUUUUAAUUUUAAAUAAUUCAUGUUCUUAAAUAUUGAUAUACACAAAUAUUACAAGGAGGUACAAUGAAGCAUAUUUUAAUGAAUAUUGAACUGGCCAUUAAAACAUUAAUUUACAUUUAGAGAGUUGCACUAAAUCCUAUUUCUUUAAAGUAGUGCUUAAAACUAUUGCAAUUAAAAUAAAUUCAAAUACCUUUUGGCCGUUAAAUUAAUUCUGUGAAACUUUCCACAGUUAUUUACAUCUAGGAAUGCAUUCCCCAUCUGGGAUCUACAAUUUAUUCAACAUGGUCUGAAGUGAUGCAUUUCAGGAAAGGGUGGUCAGGGAAUUAUUGGUAUUUUAUGUUUCUUGUGACAAUGCCAGCAGGUUAAUGUAAAGAAUCUCUUUAUCUUUGUGAUUGCACUGUAAAUAUUUAAAGCCAUGUAAAUAUUCAAUUUUAAUCUAUAGUGUCCAUUUUUGUUCUGAAUCUUUGUUGAUGUACGAGAGUAUGCUUUAUCAAUGUUAUUGUUGUAUGUAUAUUAUAUUUUUCUUUCUCAUAGAAUGCUUUUUAUACCAUUGUUCAUAAUAGAAUGCUCUAUUCUCUAAAGCACUGAAUAUUCUUCUAUAAAUCAAUUCCAAGCUCAGUAUUUUCAUAAAUUUAAUUGGCUUUUUUUUUUGCUUUUGCACGCUUAAUUAGAAAAAAAAUAUUUUUCUAAUAGUUAUAUCUGAGUACAUAUCAUUAAUAAUUAAAUCUAAAGAUGCACCUUUUAUAUUCUAAAUUUCUUCUUUGUUUCUUUUUGCAGAAAUAAGAAAUAAAACAGAUUAAAUUUUUAUUAAAAUAGAACAUAAUCUUUGUUUUGAAAUUUGAUAUUUUAAUUUCAUUUUUUAUCAAACAUAAUCUAGCAUUAAAAAUGAAGAGAAUUUGAACUCUGUCAUGAUGGAAAAAAAUGAAGGCUGCCUGCCUUGUACAUUGUUCUCUCCAUUUAGAUCAAUUCUUUAAGACACUGGUGCCCAACCUAUGGCCCAUAUGUUAAGAAUAGAAAACUAUGUUCUACAAACAUUCCAAAACAACCUAUAAUAUUCAUUUUUGGUUGUUUAAAAUAAAUGCAAUAAAUUUUGUUCAACAUAUUCAGAAAUUGAAGUUUUUAAAAAACAGAUGCAAACGUUUGCAUUAAUAAAAUCAUUAUCAAGUAAUAAUAACUCUUUGCUGGCAACUUUCUUUCCGGUUCUAUGUUUUCCUGUAAAUAAUUAAAAUUCAUUUAAAUUUCUAUAUGUUCAGGCUUGAGCUAUUUAUCUUAGCAUGAAGCCCAUGGGUAAAAAAAGGUUGGGGACCACUCCUUUCAUGCAUUGGGUGAAUUAAAUGUGUAUAGAACUGUCAAUGUUUAUUGAAAUGUAAUUAAUUAUUGAAUAUGUGCUCAGAUAUUUAAAUGUUUAGUUGGUGUUAAACAAUUUCAUCGCUCACAGUUUACCUGAAAGAAACUUUCUUAUAUUUUUCCACUUCAUAAAACUUUCACACAAUCUGGUUGUGUAGAGAUAAGAGUAAUAUUUUAGAAUUAUUUAUAUAUACAUGCGAACUUUUACAUUGUUGACCAAUUUUUGCUUUUGUACAAAUUUUUAUGGCAGCUGCACCAUAAAGUAGUUUAAAUAAAGAAAUGAUAUCUA